AUGGAAUUGAAACCAAAUCGUGAGACAUGCAAGUACCUUCCGGACCAUGUCGUUUUUGAAAUACUCUUAAAACUGUCCGUCAAGUCUUUGUUAAGGUUUAGGUGCGCGUCACAGUCAUGGCGCUCUUUCAUCUCCGACCCCCACUUCAUCGAAACACACGUCAACGCCCAAAGACACCGGAGACUACUAACUAUUUCCCCUCUGCUUGGUAAUCGUCUCCAUUCCAUAAAUCUAGAACCAACCAAGGCAACCACCAUUAAUGAUAUUGAAGCACUGAUGAUUACUGAUAUUUUGGAUACAGAGGAUACAGAGCUUUGUGGUGUGUGGUUGAAAAUAAUUGGUUCGUGUAAUGGGUUGCUAUGCAUAAUGUAUCAGAAGAUAAAUAGUUUCCGUGGCUUAUACAUAGUAAAUCCUUCGACAAGAGUCUCCAAGAAAGUGCCAGAGUUCGAUUUCUGUGAUUGGAUAACUUAUGAUAUACAUGGAUUUGGCUAUGAUCACAUCGAUGAUGAUUACAAACUGUUGAAAGCAGACAAAGACAACGUACACAUAUAUUCACUCAAAACCAAUUCUUGGAAGAAGGCUCAGUCAGGUUUUCCUCACGAUUACUACGAACCUAUUGGGACAUCUCUGAACGGAGCCAUCCAUUGGGUCUGUAUUGAUCCAGAGCAGCCGAAGCUAUUAGUGAUCGUUGGCUUCAGUUUGGCGGACGAGAAAUUCUGGAAGAGUCCUGUGCCUGUCGGGAAGUUUCCAAUCGAAUUAGGGGUGUUUAGAGGAUGUCUUUGUGUGCUGAGUCCUCGUAAUAGUUUUUGGGUGAUGGAGGAAUAUGGCGUGACAAAAUCUUGGACUAAAGUUGUGAUUGAAACUCCAUAUUUGAAUACCAAGGAUUUGGUUUUGCAGAGGAGUGAUGAGUUAUUGAAGAAUGAUGAACUAUUGUUUGAGAUAGAUUCAGGCAAGUUUGUUUUAUGGAACAUGAGAGAGAGUACGAGUAGGGAUUUAAUACUUCCAGGAAUUCAAGAUGCAAGUGCAUACACGUUUUUAAGAGUAGGAGGUUAUGUGGAGAGCCUCAUAUCACCCAUCAUGGGUGUUUGA